UCUGUCACUGCAAGCAGGCACCAGGCUUUCCGUGCAGCUAGUAGUGGGCCACGACUUAUAAACAGCGCGCUACGUAGAGUCUGGAACGAUCAAUUGGGUAAAAGCACUGGUGCUCAACAGAAUGGGACAUUCCGAGGAUGUCUUCUUCUUCUCCUCCUGGUGUCUGCGAGUGUGUACGUGUGGAUUCCUCUUACAAAGUCGCUAAUUACAAGUAUGGAUCUUGAGUAAAAAUUGUCGGAAAUUGAUUCUGUGUUUGUGUUUGUGGGAGAAGAGGAAAUAUAUUAUUAUUUCGGUCAGUGCGCACGUGUUCCAAUAGGAUGUGAAUACCUACAGUUGUAUAUGCGUUUUGCUUUUUAUUUUUCUGUUCAUUUUUCAUCGUGUAAUUCAUGUGUGGCCUUCUUGUCUUUCAUCUAUUUUUCAUUCUGUUCUAAAUUAAUGGAUAACGAAAGCUGACAGCUUGCAAGCUGGUGUCUCUCUUUAAAAAAAAAAAGAGAUAGAGAGAGAGAAAGAAUCGAUAUUGGUGUUGCACUCGAGUAAUGGGGGAAAGGUCGAUGUCGAGCGGAUGAUUGUUUGAAAAAUUUCAAAAAAAAAAAAAAUAUUUUACAAAUUUAGCUUCGGCGCGCGCAAAUAGCAGACGACAGUUUGAGAGUGACAUAAAAUCCUGAGACCCGCAUGGCGUUUGAAUCGUCAUGUCUGGCGUAUUGGGGAGACGGAACGCAAGCGACACCGGAGUAGCCGUCAAAUACACGCCGUGUGCCAAGGCCGAAAACACCGACGAUGACGACAUAGACGAGAUUGCCAUCGUCAACGACGAUGACCAGCAGCUACAACAGCCACAGCAGCAGACGACGACGACGACGUGCGCUGUGUCGUCGAGCGCCGCGGAGGGAGACGUGGGUCACCUCGUGGAGCCCGUGGUCACGGCGAACGGUCCGCGUCACCUGCCCGGUCUGGAGAUCUACCAGUCGCCAUCAGACCGGACCAAGCUGAUCGGGGAGCGACUCAGCUCCAGCGACAAGAUCAGUUUAUCGUCUCCAAUCUACUCCAAUAAAGUCGUGGAGCAGAUCUCGAAAUCGAGUUCCAAACACAGCCUGCUGGACCUGGUCAGCAGCAAGCUGGAUAUCGUGAAGAGCAGGAAGCGCUACUCCUUGGCCAACCAGUCUCUGAUGAAGAAGCACCGGCCCAGCGAGGCGAACAUCACGUCCAAGGGUCUGCGCAAACAGAGGCGGAAGGAGCUGGAGGAGAAGUUCGGCAAGAAGAGCAUCCGCGGAGACCGCAACGAGACCCUGACGACCGUCACGGAGAGUUCCGAGCACGACGGCUGCAACUGGACGUUCGUGUUCGACCCGUCCGGCCGUCUGUGCUACUGGUGGUCGUCGUUCGUCAGUCUUGCCUUCCUCUACAACUUCUGGGUGAUCAUCUACAGGUUCGCCUUCCAGGAGAUCAGCCGCGACAACAUAGCCACCUGGUUCACGCUCGACUACCUGGCCGACCUCGUCUACGUGAUGGACGUCGCCUUCCACUUCAGGACGGGCUACCUCCAGGACGGGGUCCUUCAAACGGACGGCACGAAGCUGCGGAUACACUACAUGAACUCCACCACCUUCUACAUCGACUGCCUGUGCUUGCUUCCCCUCGACUUCAUGUACCUGUCUAUCGGGUUCUGCUCAAUGCUCCGCUGCUUUCGGCUCGUCAAGGUCUACCGAUUCUGGUCGUUCCAGGACCGAACGGAACGCCAUACCAAUUACCCGAAUUUAGUGCGCACCAUGACCCUCUUCCACUACCUUCUAGCAUUGUUUCACUGGAAUGCGUGUCUCUACUAUAUAGUUGCCACCCGUAUGGAAAGGUCGCCAGAUAUCUGGAGAUUUCCCAAGGAUGAGGAUAGAGUAGUGAUUCAGUACCUGCACGCCCUCUAUUGGAGUACUCUGACGCUGACCACGUUGGGAAAUCCCCCACGACCAAAGACUGUUGGGGAAUACCUGUUUGUCCUGUUCGAAAUGGUGUUUGCGUUGAUGCUGUUCGCAACGGUGCUUGGACACGUUGCAAACAUCGUGACCAACAUCAGCGCAGCAAGGAAGGAAUUCCAAGCUCGCCUGGACACCGUGAAGACGUAUAUGGGGUUACGCCGCGUGCCCCUGAAGCUGCAGGACCGAGUGAUCAAAUGGUUCGACUACCUGUGGAUGUGCAACAAGUCGGCGGACGAGGAGAAGGACCUGGGUCUGCUGCCGGACAAGCUGAAGGCGGAGAUCGCCAUCCACGUGCACCUGGACACGCUGAAACGGGUCGAGGUCUUCCAGGCCACAGAGGCCGGCUUCCUGUGCGAACUCGUGCUCAGACUCAGGCCCGUGCUCUUCUCGCCAGGCGAUUAUAUAUGCAGGAAAGGGGAAGUCGGUAAAGAAAUGUAUAUAGUGAACCGGGGCAAAUUACAGGUGGUCGCUGACAAUGGGAAAACUGUUCUCGCCACUUUAAAACCGGGCAGCUACUUUGGUGAAAUCAGUAUUCUUAACAUGGGCACUGCUGGAAAUCGACGGACAGCGUCCGUCCGCUCCGUGGGAUAUUCUGACCUGUUCUGUCUGUCGAAGAAGGAUCUCUGGGAAGUGCUGAAGGAGUAUCCGGCGGCCAGGGUGAAACUGGAAGCAAUCGCCGUUAAGCGUUUAGAAAAAUAUAAAAAAGCUCCUUUAGAAAAAGUGGCAUUAGCGAGGAGCAGAAGUACUCCUGGUUUAGUAGAAUCAGCUGGCAAGGUUCCGCUCGAUCACAUGCUGGUGUCAAGACAUCACACACUUCCGGCCAGUCUCAUUUCGUCUGGCACCGAUGGGAGAGCAGACGAACGAAAGGCCAAUGCGUCACAGAGCGAGGACAACCUGGUGGCGCAUGCGCCCUGCCACGAGGAACCGGAACCCGCUCAGCAGGUCGUCUGCAACAUGACCACGUCCAUGACGAUAUCGAGUCUGACGUCGUGCAUGAGCGGGUCUCCGCCAAUCAGGUCGCCCGUGUGUACAGAGUUGCAGAAAAACACUUUCAGUCCGCCGCUAUCACCUCGCCAAGUUACGUGCUCUCCCAUUGGUGGGAUCUCCACCAUCAGUGCUAGUGCUCUUCCGGUCAUGUCAAAUAGUUUUCAGCAGCCGAUAUCUCAGCUGCAGCCGAAUUACAACCCAAUGAUUCAGCAGUAUCCUUACGCCAUGGGACCUCACCCUAUGACAUAUCUGUCGCCUUUCUGUGCCUCGCCCGGUAUCAUGCAGCAGACGCCAUCCUCUGCACUGUUAAUAGCCCCGCAACAAGCCAACUUAGGUGCGUCCCAGUCGAACUUAGUGCCGCCCCACAUCCAGCAUCCCUCAGGGGCGAUAAUCCAGUCUUCAAUGCCAAGCUCUCCGUUGGCGGCGAGCGCAGGAAGUCCAAUUAGCUUCGGGUCUCCCAGCCGAGACUCGCAAUCCGACAUUUUGCUCAAGGAAAUUUCCAGACUACGAGAAAGGUUAGCUCAGGUAGAGACAGAGAACACGGCACUCACCGUCAAACUGAAUCAACAGCAGUGGGACGUGGAGAACAGACUCACGGAACUCGAGCUUCACAUCUGUCAAAGCGACAGCGUCACGAGCACCGGAAGUGGAGACGAGAGAACAGAAAAGCCUUCUGUGAACAGAGAAUCUAUCAUAUGAUAGAAAAGUGUGAAUACAAGUUAUGGAGCGCAUAAAAAUAAAUUAAAUUAAAAAACAAACGUGUGCGAAUACAAAUUACUAAAAGUGUGAAUGCGAAUUUAAAAGAAAGGUGCGAUGACAGAUGACGAAAACAAAAAGUAGGAAUUUACGGUUUGCAAAAAAAAGAAACGAAUACUGAUUACGAAAUGUAGGGAUACAUAUUACAAAAAAGUGCGGAAACAGAUGCUGAAAAGAAAAGUGAGAAUACAGAUCGCGAAACGUGCGAAUACGGAUUACUAAAGGUAUAAUUACAGAUGAUGACUACAUAUUCCAAAAAGCACGAGUACAGAUUAUGGCAGUAAGAAUACAAAUAAGAACAACACUAUCUCAAUAUUGUAACUAUAGUUGAGACCAAGAUGCACAGUAACACCACGUGUACAUCACGUGACCCUCGUUUCUGCCAGUGCGUGUGGCGUGUGCUUGUAUUCCGGCAGGUUUAUAACACGCAAAUAGUGUUCGACGAGAGUGGGCCACCAUUGCAGGUUGGUUUGUUGUAAAAUUCCUCCGCUUACUCAGAGCAUCGUAGUAACUGCUGAUCUAAUUGUGAUUGAUUCGUACAAUACAUUGCUAGUAUUUUAGUCCUAACGUGACAUGGCACAGCAGUUCGAAAUACUGAUUCUUUAGCGAAGCUAAUAGAGAAGCUAGCGAUCGUUUUAGUUUUAACCGAGUUCGUUAUAACCGAGGUCUUACUGUAGAAACGGACGGCUGUAGUUUUUCAACUCUAGUAAUGGAGACGGAAUGGACAGAAAUAUCUGAUUUCAACCAGUUCAGUAGUUUCCUUAGUCGAAGAGUGAUCUUUCCCCUUUGAGUCCUUUUACAUUUUGUGUUGAGUUCGUUAUAACCGAUCUUUACUAUACAAACAGAUGAUACAUUCCCCUAUCGCCGACAAUUCAGGUUUACGGAUUUAUGUAUUAUUCACCCUAUGGGUGAUGUUAAGACAUUACCUGUUUAGACUUCCGGGAUGGAAACAUAUUCGCCGAUGAUGGGCGGUGCUAGCGGAAUAUCACGUGACCUAAUGGCAGAGCGAGAAACACGAGUUGCGCGUGCACUUUGAAAUAGAAUGUUGCGUUACCAGCAUCGAGUUCAAUUGAUGCCAUGCCGUGGCAUUACAAAACGCUCGCUAGACUGGUUUCUGACGAUUAAUUUUAAUUGAAUGUGAAAGGAACGAGAACUAGUCAAAUCAUUAGCGGGUGAUCGCAAUAAAAGGCUGUGGACUGAAUGCAACUCAGCGCGUUGUAUGAUUCUCACUGAACGCAACCCAGCGUGUUGUACGAUCCAACGUAGUCUAAGAAUAUUUGGUUUCACCCUGAUCUGUCGUGCUUAAAGAUAUAAUUCCAGGAACCAAGGAACAGUGUGAAUGGCGCCGAAAUGCAACCACACCAAAGAAACAAAAAUGAUAUAAAUGUUAUUCCAUAUUGGAUUUUUUUUUUUUUUUUUUUUUUUUUUUUUUUUUUUUUUUUUUUUGUAAUUAUAAAGAUACUUUGAUGGAACAGGUUGUAAAUAGAUUUUUUAAUGAAUAUUUUCAAGUUUUCAGAUAUUCCGAUCCGUAUACUUUGGUCCUAUAGAUCUCUAUGGUCGAAAGUAAAAAUAUAUAUUACGUCAUCCAGUAAAACCAAUGUGAAUUGUUUCAUAUCACGUUCCAGUUCCAACUUCAAACAUAUUCUCGUAUCAGUGUUAACUAUCUAAGAAUAUAUAUAUAUAUAU